UUCUCUCCAAAAUUUCAGAGCACCAAAAAUUCUUCCUCCUUCUUUUUCUUCUCUCUCUAAUGGCGACUCAGUUCCCGGAAGAUUUCUUUUGCCCAAUUUCGCUGGAAAUAAUGUCCGACCCGGUUAUACUCCCUUCGGGUCACACCUUCGACCGGCCCAGCAUCCAACGCUGGCUCGACGCCGGCCACCGUACUUGUCCACUUACCAAACUACCCCUCCCUGAACACCCUUCCCUAAUCCCCAACCACGCCCUCCGCAGCUUAAUUUCCAAUUAUACCCUCCCCUCUCCUACACCGCAGCCCCACCGCAACCAGAGCCACCACAACCCCUCCCAGCCCCAAACCCUAAUCUCCACCCUCACUUCACCGGCGUCGAGCCUCGACUCCAAGCUCGACUCGCUCGACCGGCUCAACAAGACGGCCAAGGACGACGCGGCGUUCCGCCUCAAGCUGACGGAGUUCGGCGCCGUCGCCGCCGGUCUGAAGUGCCUGGACUCCGGCGAGCCGUGCCUGCAGGCGAAGGCUCUGACUUUGCUGCUGAAUGUUAGCCUGGACGACGACGGCAACAAGGUGGGGAUGGUAGCCGAGGGAGUGCUCGACAGAGUCGUGGCGGUGCUGCAAGGCGGCUUGCCGAAGAGCCGCGCCGUGGCGGCGACGGUGUUGACCAGCCUGGCCCUCGUGGAGGUCAACAAGGGCACAAUUGGGGCGGAUCCGUAUGUGAUUCCGGCUCUUGUUUCGCUUCUCCGGGACGGCAAGUGGCCGGAGAAGAAAGAGGCGGCGACGGCGCUUCAUACUCUCUGUUCUUUUUCUGAUAAUCGGCGGCGGGCGGUGGAGUGCGGUGCGGUUGCGAUUUUGCUCCGAAUUGCGGAUUCGGGUCUGGACCGGGCCGUUGAGGUUUUGGGCCAGCUGGCGAGAAGCAAGGAUGGGAGAGAAGAGAUGCAGAGGUUUAGUGGGUGUGUGAGGAUUUUAGUGAGGGUUUUAGAGAAUGGAACUACCAGAGGAGUUCAGCAUGCUCUGCUCACAUUGAGCUCGCUUUGCCGUUUCAGUGAGAAAAUGCGUGUGGAAGCAAGAAACCAAGGGGUGUUAGCGAUUUGUAUGUGUUUGGUUGAAGUUGAUAAUGAAAAGAUUAGAGAAAAUGCUUGUUAUUUGAUUCAGGUCCUGGAUGGGAACCAUUCCAUGAUUUGAGUUGUUGCGAAAUCAGAAGCACAGAAAAAUGGAGGUGAUAUCAUGCAGCGGAGGUGAGUCCGGAAUUUUGAUUUAUUGGUUCUUACUUUUGCUGGGAUAGUUCUUGUACAAAAGAAAGUAUUUAGAUUUUUUUUGGGGGAGGGGGAUAUGGUUCUUUUUGUAUGUUGUACAUUGUUAAUAAAGAGUACACAGAUGAGCUAAAUGUUUGUAUUAUGAAAGUUUCAAAAUUGGUUAUCUGAACUGUAAUGUGUCUCUCAGCCUAUAGAAAUUUUAUCAGUUUCCCAGAAUUGAAACCUUUACUUUCAUUGCCAGCUCAUUUGGACCUGUACCCCUAUGAUCAUUAUAGCAUUGUACUUUUAUGAUUUGAACCUUCAAAUAGUUGUAUGUGGGAUUCUAGUAAGCUAGGAAAGUUUGGUCGAUGACAUUCUUUUGGAAAUGAUGAGAACAAGAGAAACUAAUGUAUGUGAUCGUAACACCAACACCAUGCCUACACGGUGUUGCAGCCUGUUACAAUUUGUGUGGGUUCAUUCACAUGUCACAUGGUGUUACGGGCACAUACAAUAAUUUCUUGAUCACUAUGGUUACAAAAGGAAAGUACUUUAUCAGUACCCUAUUUUGGAUGCAAUUAUAAAUGGUUGGAAGUUGUGGCGAUUUGGAAAUUUGGUAAACAGUACUUACUGUGCAGUCUCUUUGUAGUACUGGGCUCCUUUUCUGUUUUGUUCCUGUAGCUUUAGUAUUUGAAUUUCAAGCUAUUGAAUUGUUGUUGUGGGAAACAUGAACAAAGGUAGGUAUUGAAUUUCAAGCUUGGAGUGUCUACUGUCAGAAACACAGAAUUCUCUGAGUUCAAGGGCUUUUCUUGUUAGUCAUUUUGAGUUCUCAGGCGUACGUAAUAGGGCCUAUUUUUGAAGGCCUGUUCUUUGUGUUUUUUGAUUGCUGCUGUUAUUGUGAUGAAGCAGUUUGCUGCCUCUAUGAAAGUUGACUGAUUUUUUUUUAUAUUUUGGUGCAGCUAUGUCCUGAACUCCUG